GAAGUUUUGAAGAUGUCGCUCUUGUCUCUUCACUAACAAUAUCAGUGGAGGUUUUACUUAAUGUCGUUAUGGCGAAUCCAAAGUAUGCUGAUCUUCCUGGUAUUGCCCAUGAUCAACCUGAUGUCUACGAGACAAGUGAUUUACCAGAAUCGGAUCAGCUAUCUUCAGAACUAAUAGUGGACCAAAGUGAAAGUGUCGAAAAAGUGGCUGUAUCAGCACGAGAAGCUUUUGGAAAGUUUCAGGGAAAGAGUUUAGAGGCAUCUGAUGUAGAUUUUACUGACAGGAUUGGACGCAGUAGAAAAACGGGAUAUGACCUAAGAUCUGGAGAAUGGGAAAUAGUUGGUGAAGGAACCAGAGAACCAGAAACUCCUCGACAGAA